AUGUUAUAUUUAUAUUAUUUUUUUGGUGUGAAUAUAUAUUUUUUAUUUUCACCAAGUAGGUUCCAUUUUCCAUUUUUUUAUUCACCAAACAUGUGUAUAUAA